AUGGCACGCCCGAGUGCAGAGGCUCGACGCUUCUAUACCGCCUUCUACCAAUGGACUGUCCUCCUCGCCAGGCCUAAACCAGCAACAGCAGGACGAAGCUGCAGACAUGCCACCACCAACACCACUCGACGAGCUAUACACAGCACCACGAGAAGACGCGAGGAGCAGUCUGUCAAAUGGUCGGGUCCACGAAUACAUAAAUUCCCGAAAUGGACGAGCAUCCGUAGGGUAGAAGGGGAGCAUGCAUCUUUAGACUUCCUCCGACCAUCUGCGGAUCCUUUGCCUAAAACGGCAGGCACGCAGUCUGGACAGUAUCAUGGGAAGCCCUAUCGACUUGGCGGCCCGCAAUCGCCUCCGCCUCCGCAACCACAAGCGCGACAAUCAGGAAGACCACACCAUGCCAGCCAGCUCUCACCUGACCAAAAUCCCUCCCGCACAACAACCACUUCCUCUUCCCUCCUCACAUCCCCAAUCCAAACCCACGACGCCAAACCCCCCAAUACCGUCCAACUCUGGGACGUCGCGAUCCGCUAUCGUUCCCCGACCAACAACCUAAUAAUCGAAAUAUGUAUCCCGCUUGAUCGGGCCAAUGCCCUGGAGGAGGUUUACGGGAGCGGUUUGGAGCGGUUGGGACGGGAAACGGGAGCGAAGAUUGGAAUGGGUGCUGCGACGAGGUUGCGGACUUCGAGGAAGGGGGUCAGGGGCUCGAGGGUGACGGGGUUGGUUGUUAGUGGGGGCUUGGAGGGGUGUGCGGGGGUUUUGGAGGUGGUGGAGGGGGUGAGGAGGCAGGCGGGAUAUACCACGGACAUGGUGGAGGAUAGGGCUGGCGAUGGGGUUUCGGAGGGCAUGAGAGUGCGGGCGGCUGCGGGUAUCGAGCCCAGGACGGGGGUACAGGAUAACGAACAGCAGGGGGAUGUUGGGCGGGGCAGAAGCGGUGGUAGUGGUAGUGGUAGUGGUGGUGGUGGUGGUGGUUAUGGUGGUGAGGAGAUGGCGGCGAGUGGUAGGGUGGGGAAAGAGAUGGGGAGGCGGGAAGGUGAAGAUCGACGGGCUCGCGAUGCUGCUGCUGUGGCGGAGCCUGCGGAUCUCUUCGAGGCUUUCAGUACCGCUGUGCCUUCUCCGCAUCUCGACCAAGCUUUGGGUACUCGCACGCCUGCUCCCACUCUCCGCCAACUCCCCAACAUCCAUAAGCCUUCUCCCUCCCCUCCCCAAUCUUCGCGUACGCCCACACCAGCUUCUCCUCCCGACCUCCGACCCUACAAACUCCUCGCCCGCCCUCAGAAAGCCGGAAAGGUAACCUACGAUCUCUGUCUCCCGCAAGACCGCCUGCGAAUCCUACACGCCACAUACCGCCCCCAGCUCGAGGGUCUCAGCACGUGGAAACAUGCCGGGAUGAAACUUCAGGUCCGAGGGCCUUUUCAGCCGCACCGCGAGGAUGGAAGUGAGGAGCCGCUUUAUUGUGUCGCCAUUUCUGGGCCUACGCGAGCUGCGGCGAGUGUGAGGACGAUUAUACGGUCUUUGAAGGACGAGGCACGGUUUCUGAAGUUGACGAGGCUUGUGGAGAACAGGAGGGGGCUUGGGGAUGAUGGAAAGGCGGUAGUAUUAAGUUCGCUUGAGGUUCGGACGGUUGAAGUUCUUCCUACCGCGAAGUUAGAAGUUUCUGUGCCUAUUUUGCGGGCGAGGACGGCAGGAGGGGAGGGCGGGGUGGUGGAGGUGGUUGUUGAGGCUUGGAAGGUGGGGGGAGAGACGGAAGAGGGGGUCGUGGCGGGCUUGAAGGAUCGGUUGCAGUUUUCAGUUGAAAUUCGCUUUUCUGAGCCGUGGGAGUUGAAGGAUGGGAGGGUGGUGAGGGCUUUGGUCUUGGAAGGUGGGUGGAUGGGUAUGGAGGCUGUGCUUCGGAGGCUGAGGAGGAGGAGGAGGACGGCGAAGGGGCUGACUGAGGAACGGAUGGAGGUGGCGCAGGUGGAGGGGGGUUCUGGUGCUGAUGAAGAGGCCGAUGGGGUUGGGGUUUCGACGGUGGAGGAGGGGUACUGGGAGACUGCGGCUUCUGUUGCGCCGCCGUACUCGAUGGACCAUGAUGGUGUCGAGGCGUGGGAUUCGUCUUCCAUACCUUCAGAGAUGUUGUCCGGGGAGUCGACUUCUUCGCCUACGUCAGCAAUAUUACCAAGGGACACGGCAUCUUCUUCCCCUGCGGCGAUGUCAUCCAAGAAGACGGCAUCUUCACCUCCAAACCUUAGUGGAGUUCCAAGGACAAAGGAACCAUCUAAAUUUACAGUGGAGCAUGGGAAAGUGCCUGUCAAAGCUCCAUCGAAGCACGACUGGGUAGUCGUGGCCGAGAGUGCCGAGAGCAUCACUCUUGACAUCACGAUCUGGCGUGAUCGGUUGGAUCUAUUGUACGCGAUGCGUGGGCCUAAGCUCGAGGGCCUGAUGACGGGCAAGUUUGAGGGGGUGCAAAUCAGCGUCCUGGACAACCCCACCCCAGGCUCUGUGACCACUGGCGCUUCGCACGAUGUUGGAGCCGAGCAGGCUAGGGCGGUUGUGCGGAUCGCCGGUCCGCCUCUUACGGCUAGGAAGGCUCGGGAUGCUGUUUGGUUGGUUCAGGGUGAGAGGGGGUUUGCAUACCAGAAAGCGCUUCUUGAGACGGAGGCGGUCGCGGGUGAGGAGGAUAGGGAAGUCGCUCGUUCGGCGACGGUACUCAAAUGGAAGAGGUCUGUGAGGUCGAGAGAGGCGCAUCCCGUGAGCACGAUGCCGCUGCUGGGUUACGCCGUGAGGGCGCGUUGGGAGGAUGAAUUGGGUGGGACUCUGGAGAUGGUGGUCGCAGAGCGGAGGGUGCCAGGGUCUGGGGAUGUAGAGGUCGAGUUGUUGAGAGGGUUGGAGAAAGCCGUUAAGAUUGACGCUUCGCAGAUGUGGGAGAAAGAUGGGGAGGCUGUGAGGUCUGUUAUUGUUGAGGGAUCGUGGGAAGGGAUCGCGCGUGUACUUUCCAAGGCAAGGGGCUGGGGAGGGAAGGGGUGGGAGGCUGUGACGGCGGGACAAUCGACUGCAGUGGCUGAGGAACUGGAGCACGCUGAGACUACGACUACUACCUUACUAGAUGAUACAGCCAAGGAAAUCGAGGUACCAGCCACCGAACAUGAGCACUUGGACGUUGUUCCUGACCCUCGCGAUCCUAGGCACCCAGCCCCAAAAUGGUCGGAGCAUAGGGCUCUUGGGACUGAGCGAGAUGGGGCCGCCACUUCUGCAGUGGUACGUGGAUCCCGCAGCUUCAGCACUGUGAAUCGCGCCCGAUCGUAUCCCACGCAAGCCUCUGCGCCGCAACAUGACGAUUCGCUUUCUACGGCCGCACUGUCGCCAACGAACCCCGCGAAGCCGGUGUCACACGACGAGCAUGAGCACAACAACAUUGAAAUUGUCGUUCUGCCGCUCUACGUGCGUCCGCACUUAAUUGGCAAGAAUGGCGAAACCCGUGCGCGCAUCAUCAGCCAGUCGGGUAUUAAGGACCUCCGGAUUGCUUCCAGUCCGAGAGGCCUGGAGCAUACACAGGUCUACAUCACGGGCGACGAUCCCCGAGCGCGCCGCAAAGCCGAGGCGCUGGUGCAGGAAGUGUAUCAGUGGGCUGUGAGGAUGGAUCCUCAUCUCACUUAUCUCUGGUUCUGGCGAAGUAAGGUCAGCUUGGGCCACGAUGUUUCCGCAUCUGCUUUCGAGCAGCCAAAGGCGAGAUUCGUGGCUGUUUUACGCUUAGCUGAUCAGGAUCGGAAAAGGCGGGCCAGGAUCAAGAGGUUUGUGCUGGGCGGGGCUGAGAGGUAUAGGCUUCACCGCACGGCGGUGAGGAGCUUCACGGAGAUCAAGUCAUUCUGGGGCAGGCAUGGCGGGUUCUGGGUCAGUGGGUAUGAGAUGAGGGAUGUGGAGAGGGCGGUGCUGUUGUUGAGGAUGCAGAUUAGGCAGAUGCCGGAUGCUGAUGAGAGGGAGAGGGAGGGAGGGGAGGUGACGGAGACGUUUGUUGAGAGGGCUGUUGCGGACGGGAAGGGAGAGUUUGUGAAGGUGGAAGGGUCGGAGUGGGGCAGUGAGAUAAGUGGAGAGCAGGAGAGCGGAUCAGGAUCAGUCCGUGAUGGAGAAGGUAGGGCUGUGCAAAGCGGCGCUGGAAGCGCUGGGGCGGGUCAGAAUGCUGGUGAACAGGAGGUUCCCUCGGAAGAGUUUGGGGACAGCCUUUACGAUUCCCAGGUCGUACUUGUACCUCACGCAGGACUGCAAAUGCAGAAGGAUGUUGACGAUUUCCUGCUGCGUGACGAGCGAGCCGCCCUUGAGCUUAUCUCGCAACAGACUAAUUGUCAAAUUUACAAGCGACAGAGGCCCAGUGCUGGUGUCUGGGUGAUGCGAGGGCGCAAAGACGACCUGGAGCGAGCCAAAAUUCUCCUGCAGAAGCGGUUGGAUGUCGCGCGGGAAAUACUGGGCAUUGCCAAGCUCAAGCUUCCGCGCCUCUUGCUCGAGCUAUCUUCACGUAUCGUUGACGACGACGAACGUACGCAGAGGCACAACGUAGAGCUGGGGAAUGACGUGCGUGCGGUUUCUCGUCCUCUCACCCAAUCCGUCGUCCUCAUCACAACUCGCAUGCCAGGAUCGACUCCAGGCGACACUUCGGGCCAGGAGUUUGCGGACUGCCGUGGUGUGACAGUAUCGUCCUUCACGACCGUCACGAUACAGCCAGUACCAGUCGUGUCCUUCAAUCUGAAGCUGCCUUCGCGCACCUGGGACGCUAUGGAGCGCUCUGGACGUCUGUGUAUACAUGCCAUGGCUGCCACGCCUGAAGCGGCGGCUAUCACCCACGUCUUCACCCAGAAACACGAUCUGCCUAGCCAUCCCUUCGGCGAGUUGAUUCACAACGGCAUCAACGUUGUCGUUCCGAGUGACGAUGACACCUCUCCGCCACGCAUCAAGACUAAGACGGGCGCGGUACUCGCGCGUGUCGAGUGUAGGAUUUUGAUGGAGAAAUCCGUCUUUGUCGGCGACCAUGUUGUUGUCUUUGCGGAGGUGUAUGGUGUGGCAUUGCCGGGAGUGGCGAGGGAUGCGUCUCGCGCGGAGAUGCUAGAGCGCUUGGAGGAAGCGACGGGAUUGGCUUAUGCAAAGAGGGGGUUUAGGGGUAUAGGCGAGGUGAUUGAGGUGUCACCACAGUGGGAGAAGCCGGCGGCUCAUCAGGUUGAGAUGGUCGAUGGAGUGGAGGGGCCAGCGAAAGUAGACACUCCAGCUACUACCCCGGCUUCUGUCACAUACGGUGCACAUGCUGCAGAUCCUGGCACAUCUGCCCACGACGUGGAAGCAGACUCCAGGACCGGGAACAAGCGCCGCCUUGCUGCCAUUGCUAAUGAGGAAGACGAUUAUGAUUUUGGCUUUCUUCGGGAUCGGGACGCUGGAAAAGAUCUCGAGGACAGCGUUUCGGAAAUUUUGGAGGUGGGCUCGAAAAGUCAUCGGCCGCAUAGAACUAGUCGUUGA